GGGACGGGACGGGCCUGCCGCGCACGCGCACGCGCACGCGCACGCGCACUUGGCGACACUCGGCUAGGCCGUGUUCCGCUGCGUUCUCGCGGGAGGCGCCGCUUCGACCCUUCCCCUCGUUGCCCUCUCUCUCGCCUCGGAAGAAGACGUGGCGGCGUCCCUUCCUUCCCUGCGCUGGGCGGUCCUGCGGUCUCAAGAGACCCGCCGCCUCCCUCGCUUUUUCCUGCAAUACAGUGGAUACAGUUUGCUGUGGCUACUCUGAGUGUUAUAGGCUCCAGUUCACUCCUCACCUACAUCGCGUUCCAGAGCCCACAGAAGUCUGCAGAGAUAAAGCCACUCUUGUAUCUGAGCUUCUCUGACCUGCUCCUGGGAAUUUGCUGGCUCGUAAAGGCACUUCUCUAUGGAACUGCAGCAGCCCACAAGGACAGCAUCUGCUAUAACCUACAGACCGUGGGGGAGAUUUUCUACCUUGCCUCACUCCUCUACACCGUCAGCUACAUCUGGUGUCUGUACUCGGAGCUGAGGAGGAAGAGCGGCCAGAGUGAGAGGAGCACGGUUGCCCAGGUGACAGAUUAUGUUUGCCAAGGUGGUCACAUAUUGUUCCUUUUGUCAAGCCUGAUACCUCCGCUGCUGAUGACGCCUGUGUUCCUUUUGGGCAAUGUCAAUGAAUGUUUCCACAACUUCAGUGAGAGCCACAGGUGUAUCCUAAUGCACUCACCGCCAUCAGCCACGCCUGAGCCCCUGCCUUCCACCAAUACAUCUGUCUGCAGCACACUCUAUUUUUAUGGUGUCACCAUUUUCCUGGCCAGCUUUUUCUUCAGCUUCCUCACCAUCAUGGUCUUACUCGUCCAUGCCCAGAUGUUAUAUAAGAAGUUUGUGAAGUCGACGGGCCUUCUGGAGAGUGAGCAGUGGGCAGUGAUUCACACUGUGGGCCAGCGAGUGCGUUUCUUCCCAGUGGCCUUUGUGUGCUGCUGGGGUCCAGCUGUCACCCUGCUGAUCAUGAAGCUGACAGAGCCUCAGGAGACCUUCCUGCACAUGGCCCUCUCUGUGCUCCAGGGAAAGGCUCGAGUGACACAGAAUGUAGGCUGCUGGCUGGAGUACCCACCACUUGCUCUGCUUGCCUGUUUCUGGGGAGAUUAGAACAGUGACCGUGGUGUCAAACCUUCUGUCACACAGUAGGAAUUGUUCACAGUGCAGACCUUGCACAUGCAGACCCUGGCAACCCACAGGGCCACAGCUGCCAGGCUGGAGGUGGAGAGACAGAUGCAAACCAGCCGCCCAUGCAGAGGACCCAGCUAACACUCACAGGACCGUUCACAGCUGCCUAUCGCUCCAUUUCCACAGGAAGCAAUGUUCUCUUCUGGCCUCCUUGGGCACAAGGCAUACAACUUGUACACAUACAUAUGUGCAGGCAAAUAUUCAUACAUACAAAAUAAAAAUAAAAUUUAAAAAUCAAAUUCAAUAGAAAACCUGGGAAAACUAAGUGCUACAAAUAUGAGCUCCGCACUGGUUGGAGCUGUCCCUGAGGCUGCUUUCCUGUGCCCAAGUGCCUGAGAUCUGGUCUUGUCCCAUGAGGGUGCCUUAAAACAAUAGAUCCUGCUGGGGUGGGGGUGGGGGGAUGGUGCAGGCAGAGCACACAGGACUCUUUAAUCCCAGCACUUGGGAGGCAGAUGCAGGGAGAUCCCUGUGAGUUGGAGGCCAGCCUGCUUUACAGAGUCAGGACCAGGACAGCCUGUCUGGGAUUGGAAACAGAGAAACCCUGUCUUAAAAAAAAACAAAACCAAAGGAAAAAAA